GGUAUUCACUUUCAAUAUGGCCAGUCUGCUUUCGGUGCAGUGCGUCGCCUCCCUGAGGAGAAGCGGAGGUCUGGCUCACCUCAGGACCACAGCACUGGGGGUCAGUAAGCGAAACUACAGCAAGAAAGAAGCGUCUCCCUCCGAGUACCUCCACCAAAGUGUGGUGCCGUCGAUGCACUACCAGAAGAGUUUACCCAGGCUACCCAUACCAAAGCUGGAGGACACUAUGAGGAGGUAUUUAGCUGCCCAGAGGCCUCUGUUGGAUGAUGACCAGUUCAGAACAACAGAGAAACUUGCACAGGAUUUCCAGAGUGGUGUGGGGAAACAGCUGCAUGAGGAAUUGGUAGCCCAGGAUAAAAGAAACAAGCACACAAGCUACAUCUCAGGACCAUGGUCUGAUAUGUACCUGUCUGCUCAUGACUCUGUGGUGCUGAACUUCAACCCCUUCAUGUCCUUCAAUCCGGACCCUAACACAGAGUACAAUAACCAGCUUGUACGGGCAACUAAUAUGGUGUGUUCAGCGGUUCGCUUCAUGAAAACACUUCGAGCUGGAUUACUGGAGCCUGAGGUUUUUCACCUAAACCCAGCAAAGAGUGACACAGACGGAUUCAAAAGGUUCAUCCGCUGGGUCCCGUCCUCUCUGUCUUGGUAUGGAGCAUACAUGAUGAAUGCUUACCCGCUGGACAUGUCUCAGUACUUUCGGCUCUUUAACUCAACUCGGAUUCCGAAAUGUGGGCGGGAUGAGCUCUUCACUAAUGAGAAAGGGCGACAUCUCUUAGUUAUGAGAAAAGGCAACAUGUAUAUGUUUGACAUUGUAGACAGAGAUGGGAAUUUAGUGAAGCCUGCAGAGAUCCAGUCCCACUUACAGUACAUUUUGUCUGAUCCGACACCAGCACCCGCCUUCCCUAUUGGGGUGCUGACCAGUGAGAACAGGGAUGUGUGGGCCGGGGUAAGGGAAAAACUGAUAGCUGCUGGAAACGCAGAGAAAUUAAAUCGUGUUGACAGCGCAAUUUUCUGUCUCAGCCUGGAUGAUGACAGCGUUCAAGAUCAUAGUCAUUUGUGCCGAAACAUGCUGCACGGUGAUGGCUGCAACCGGUGGUACGACAAGUCCUUCAGCAUAAUUCUCACCAAGGAUGGACAGGCAGCCGCUCAUUUGGAGCACUCAUGGGGCGAUGGCAGAACUAUGCUCCGCUUUCAGAAUGAGAUCUUCAAAGACACCACGGAGCAGCCACUGGUGCACCCAGGCUCUGUUGCUGCUGCUGUAGAUUCGGCCUCUGCUGUGCGCAGACUGGAGUUUAGGCUGGACAGUGAGCUGGAAAAUGGCAUCAAAACAGCAAAGGAGAACUUUGAUUCAGCUGUGUCAAAAUUCACUAUUGAUGCCCUGGAGUUCAAGAAGGGUGGGAAGAAACAGCUAAAGAAGAGCAAGUUGAGUCCAGAUGCUAUAGCCCAGCUGGCUUUUCAGAUGGGCUUCCUGAGGCAGUAUGGAGAGACAGUGGCCACAUAUGAGUCGUGUAGCACUGCAGCAUUCAAGCAUGGCCGCACAGAGACGAUCCGACCGGCUACCUCAUUCACCAAACAGUGUUCCCACGCCUUUGUUUGUCAGCCAGGACAACACAGUGUGGAGCAACUGCAGGCCAUGCUCCAUGAAUGCUCCAAAUAUCAUGGACAGCUCACCAAGGAAGCAGCUAUGGGCCACGGUUUUGACCGACACCUCUUUGCCCUGCGAUACCUGGCCAACUCAAAGGGCCAACCUCUGCCACGCCUGUACACUGACCCUGCAAACCCCUCCAUGAGCAAAUACAUCCUUGCUACCAGCACCCUUACCAGUCCAGCUGUGAGCUAUAUGGGCUUCGCCCCAGUGGUGCCUGAUGGGUUUGGCAUUGGCUAUGCUGUCCACAACGACUGGAUUGGCUGUAAUGUGUCCAGCUACCUGGCUCGCAACGUCCAUGAAUUCGUGCAGUGUGUCCACAAGUCUUUAGAGGACAUUUUCACAGUCCUGGAGGGAAACUCACUCAGUUAA